GAGCCCUUGGUGGACACUUGCGUAGCAAUGGUGAAGAUGACCGUUAUAUCAGCUGCAGAAACUGUUGCAGGGAGGGCUGCACAACGACGACUGGGGAACACCGGGCCGAUUCUCUAACCAGACGUCGAAUGACACAGCUUAAUCAUCUCGCUCAUUGAGUAGUCGCGUGCAUGCAGGCCUUGAGUGAAAGCUUUCGACUGAGAAGGCUCGCGAUAGAAGCUUGGGUAGGGCAUCUCGACUGUUGCGGGAGGUGUUGCGUCGUCGUUGUGCACAACAACAUGUCGACUGUGGAAGCUUUCGAGACGGGUCAUACAACGGUUUUUGGAGUCGAGUUGGCAGCAAUGCUGAAGUUGCCCCAGGCGACUAGGAGAAUAUAUCAGCCUUGGGUGACGGCUUUGGCGGCGGGCGUUACGCCGACAGUGCGCGUCAGCGGUGAUGCCGAAGUAGCUCGAGAUGAUUGUAAGAAGGCGUGUAUACCACUCCAAUCAAGGGGCUCUCAGGCUUACACUUUAUCUUCAAAAACGUUUCAGCUAUUCAUCUUGCGUGCGUGUGUAUGCUCCAUGUCAGUGCUUUCAGCCAGGUUGAGAAUGCUCCCAGUGUGGGCGUUUGUAAAUCCCAUACUUCAAGACUCGACUGCAGAAGUCGUUAUACGAGACAUUGACCACUAAUAGUUCCUUGUUAGAAAACGUGUAGAUCUUGUGCGAGGGCUUUUAAUCGAGUGGACUACUGGAAAGACCG